UGUAGCGGCAGUGCGAAUUCAGUCGAGCCGGGGAAGAAUUCAGACGGGGGAUGCCUCUGUCUGUGACGGUGACAGUACAACAAACGCGUGAAAAACAACUGGGGUACAGCUUAUACUAUGGAUAGCAAUGACGCCUACCUACACUUAAAUUCCUCCGCCCACUGUCACAUGAGCUCACCCCCGUCCCAGCCCACAAUGAGCUCCAUGGUGGUGCACCCCUCUGUCAUCAGCACUUCGGCCAACGUCCACCGGCCCCUCUCCUCUCCCAUGAACACCCUGGGCUCGCCCAUGAAUGGCCUGGCCUCGCCCUACUCCGUCAUCACCUCCUCCCUGGGCUCGUCCUCUGUGUCCCUGCCCUCCACGCCCGGGAUCAACUUCGGACCGCUCAGCAGCCCACAGAUGAGCUCGCUAAACAGUGUGAGCAGCACAGAGGACAUCAAGCCCCCACCCGGUCUGUUGGGACUGGGCAGCUACCAGUGCACCAGCCCCGGGUCCCUGUCCAAGCACAUCUGCGCCAUCUGUGGGGACCGCUCUUCAGGAAAGCACUAUGGAGUGUACAGCUGCGAGGGCUGCAAAGGGUUCUUCAAGAGGACGAUCAGGAAAGACCUCACCUAUACCUGCCGUGACAGCAAGGACUGCAUCAUCGACAAACGACAGCGCAACCGCUGCCAGUACUGCCGAUACCAGAAGUGUCUUGCCAUGGGCAUGAAGAGGGAAGCGGUGCAGGAGGAGAGACAGCGCGGCAGGGAGAAGAGCGAUAACGAGGUGGAGUCCACCAGCAGUUUCAACGAGGACAUGCCGGUGGAGAAGAUCCUGGAUGCUGAGCUGGCUGUGGAGCCAAAGACAGAGACCUACAUGGAUGCCAGUGCUGGGAACUCGACGAAUGACCCCGUCACCAACAUUUGCCAGGCGGCAGACAAGCAGCUGUUCACGCUGGUGGAGUGGGCCAAGAGGAUCCCGCACUUCUCCGAGCUGCCCCUGGACGACCAGGUCAUCCUCCUGCGAGCCGGCUGGAACGAGCUGCUGAUCGCCUCCUUCUCGCACCGCUCGGUCACGGUGAAGGACGGCAUCCUGCUGGCCACCGGCCUGCACGUGCACCGCAGCAGUGCCCACAGCGCUGGCGUGGGCUCCAUCUUCGACAGAGUCCUGACAGAGUUGGUGUCCAAGAUGAAAGACAUGCAGAUGGACAAGACGGAGCUGGGCUGCCUGCGAGCCAUUGUCCUCUUCAACCCAGACGCCAAGGGCCUGUCAAACCCACCCGAGGUGGAGGGGCUGAGGGAGAAGGUGUAUGCCUCUCUGGAGUCCUACACCAAGCACAGAUACCCUGAGCAGCCUGGCAGAUUUGCCAAACUCUUGUUACGCCUGCCAGCCCUGCGCUCCAUUGGGCUGAAAUGUCUAGAACACCUCUUCUUCUUCAAGCUAAUUGGAGACACGCCCAUUGACACUUUCCUCAUGGAAAUGCUUGAAGCACCGCACCAGAUCACAUGACAAAGACCUGCACUUUGUAAAUAUUCUCAGAUCUAUGUAAUUCAUAGAAAGAUGGAACUUGAUUCAGUUGUGAACUGCAUAUUUUGUACCAAGCACAAUUAUUAAUGUGAAAAUUUGUACUGGAGUUUUAAAAGUACGCUGUCAAAAUGAAUUUGAUAGGAAUGUAAAAAAAUGUUUCUUUUUUGUAAAUAGAUAAUACCAAUUAUCCAGUUU